CAGUCUUCACUUCCUAGUUAGCUAAGCAAGUUAACGUUAGCGUGAAGCAGUUUAGCCAAUGCGUAUUAGAAGGGGCGAACUAUUGUACUUUUGUGCGCGGGACGUGUUUCUGUAUCAAGACAGGUGUGUCAGCUAACCUAUUUGGUGCGCAAGGAAGAAGAUCAUUUCUACGUUUUCUUUUCCGAGUGUCAGUGUUCUAGGAGAGCUGCCGCAGCAAGUUCUUAGCUAACAAGGCUGCUAGUUAGCUAACUAAGCAGACCAGUCAAAGUUACCCUUUGUUCGCUAAUUUGCACUGUCUGAGUGACUGACUUUGUCAGCUUAAAUUCACGUAGUAAUUUAAUUAAAAAGCAUGCUUCGUUUAACCUAAGCGAAGUGACAUGCGAUGACUUGAUACUGAUAGCUAGCCACUUCCUGACGUACGGGCUAACGCUCUUUAGCUGACUUUUUGAACUCAAGCCCUCCGCCUAGGUGAUUCAUUGGUUUGUCAGGGCAUCGCUGUAUAAGAUCUACAAAUGGCGAAGAAGACAUACGAUCUGCUGUUCAAGCUCCUCCUAAUUGGAGACUCGGGGGUCGGGAAGACGUGUGUGCUGUUCCGCUUCUCCGACGACGCCUUUAAUACAACUUUUAUCUCCACAAUAGGAAUUGAUUUCAAGAUAAAAACUGUGGAGCUGGAAGGAAAGAAGAUCAAGCUCCAGAUAUGGGACACUGCAGGACAAGAGAGAUUUCACACAAUCACAACCUCCUACUACAGAGGAGCCAUGGGGAUCAUGCUGGUCUAUGAUAUCACCAACAGCAAAAGCUUUGAGAACAUCACCAAGUGGUUGCGAAAUAUUGAUGAGCACGCCAGUGAGGAAGUGGAGAGGAUGCUGCUGGGGAAUAAGUGUGAUAUGGAUGACAAGCGUGUGGUGCCCACUGCAAAGGGAGAACAGAUUGCAGCUGAGCAUGGCAUUAGGUUUUUCGAGACUAGUGCAAAAGCCAACAUCAACAUCGAGAAGGCCUUCAUCUGUCUGGCAGAGGAUAUCCUGAGUAAGACCCCAGGGAAAGAGCCAACCGCAGAGCACAUGGACAUUAACAGUGGGAGCACGGGUGCAGGACUGAAGAACAAGUGCUGCUGAUGACCUUUGACCUCUCAACUUUCAAUUCUUCUCUCCUACUUCUAAGUCUUCCUAUCACGUAUCAUAGUAUUACAACCACCUUUUUGCAUAUAAAGGCUAUUGAUUUACCCCCCCUAAAUGACAUCUCAGUGUUGACAAAAAAAAUAUCUAAAAUAUGAAAUAUCAUUUGUUUUAAAUGUUUUUGAGUACACCUGGCCUUUAUCUCAUUCAUAUUUGUUUGGUUGUUUUUGAUGAUUGUAUAAAUCUAUGAACUGGCUCUUUGCUGGAUGGCUUGGGGAGGGGAGGGGGGUGGCGUUCAUAUAUUAGUCUGACCAUCCUAACCCUCUAUGUAUUAACAAAAACUGACCAUUUAUGUGAUUGUUCUUUGGACUGAUGGUACACUGCAGUGAUUGCUCCUAGCGUGACUGCCAAUGCUACUCUCUGGUCUCUCACCCCUGUGCCUGACAUGCUACUUACUCAUGGACAAUGUAUGAUGAUAGUCACGUUUGGCCAUGUAGUGGUAGCACACAGCGUAUUACACACACACAGCUGCCUUGAGUACCCUACUGCCUAACUAUAGCCGACCAGAAACCCACAACAACGGGUGCCUUAGGAAAUAACAGCGUGUCUUAACAGUUUCUGAAUAGUCGGACUUUGCUAAAAACGUAGCGUUGUCUGAGAUUUAACCCAACCUUGUUGAUUGCGAAAGACUCCUGGCAUGGUUUGGUUUAUAGUUUUCCUGAGUCAGCUUCACCGAUGGGUCCUUCCCCAUUCUGCGUUUCUUGCGUCUGUCUGUCAGGGUGUUGUUUUUCUGUAUGCUGUUGUUACAUGUCUUGCACGGUUUUUGUUUUGUUUUUUUAGUGUGCAAUCUAAAACUAAAGGGAAUUCAGAAUUGUAUCAUACCAACUUGAUUUUGUCGUAUUGUGUCCUUAACUUUUAACAGGUGCACGUACUGUCAACUAUGCAAAUUAUCUUCUCACUAACUGUUUAUUGAUUGUAUGGAACUUUUCAUUUUUGUUUCUUUUCCAGUUUCAUAGUGUUGCUUGGAAGUGCUGUUUUUCUUCUGGUGUGAGUCUAGGGAAACCUUUUUGUGAGCACUAUUCACUUCUUUGUGUGAAAACACAUUCUGGAAUGAAAUGGAUGAAAUCAGCCCCAAAAAAAAGUUGUUUUUCAUUCAAGAACUAACCUUUUCAUAAGAAGUGCGACUGCUAGUAAUGUCUCUCAGUAUGACUGGUCUCGUUUACAACACCCGCACGCACUUUGUACCAUACUUUAAAACUGUGGGACCUAUUCAGCAGAGUUUUGCCAGUCUCAAGUCUGAACAGGCUUAAUUUGUCAGCUUGCAGAGGAGGAUACUUCUGAAAAUGAACUGCAAUAAACGUGACAUGAAUGUG